CGACUGGAAAUCACCGUGAAAACAAAACUACUCGCGCUUAGACGUAACUGGCGGACUUAACUCAUUCCCUUAUUUCGUCAGUACGAUGUAAGCUACAAACAGCGACUGUGAGAGCGGUGGAAUUUACCCUGUCUAAGAGAAAGAAUCUAUCAUUGAGAUCGCUUAGAGGACAAGUCAGUCUCUGGUCAGAUCGGGAUAUCGAUUAGCUGUCCACCAUGGGGUGCUGCGCCGGGUGCAUGAAAUGGACACUGAUCGUGCUCAACGUCAUCGUGGUGUUGCUAGGAGUGAUCGCGGUGGGAUUCGGGAUUUACAUCUUACUGGACAAGAGCGAUAUUUUGGACCUGAUCGGGAACACGUCGGAGAUGCCGGCAUUCCUGGAUAAGACGACGAUAGUACUGAUCGUGGGAGGAACUCUCGUGGCUAUCGUGGCCGCCAUUGGUCUGUGCGGAGCGUGGAAGAGUAACCGUCGUCUUCUCUGUGUGUAUGGCGUGGCUCUGACCUUGGCACUGGUGGUACAGGCCAUCGCAAUCAUACUCGCCAUUAUCUACAGAGAUGAGAUCGAGGGAAAAUUUAGAGCGGCCCUGAAGACGUCACUCUCACAAAGUUACGUCAUGCCGAGAAAACCGGACAAAGGCGUUAACGCUUUCUCUACCGCGUGGGACUCCAUUCAGUAUGAGCUGGAAUGUUGCGGUGUGGUAGACGAAGAGGACUACCGUGACGCCACCUACUGGCACAAGACCGACAACUUGACCGCCACCGACACGACUUGGCCGGUUCCCAGGUCCUGCUGUAAAUACGCCAAUCCCUGGGUGUAUCCGGACGAUUACGUCGACUUGAAGCCCAUGAGCACCUCGUGUUAUCCCUCAUGGAACACCACCAACACCUGGACAAACGCUGGAUGCUACAAAGAAAUGAAGAGUCAGUUAUUCAAAGCCAGCUUGAUGAUAAUCGGUGUUGGAGUAGCGACUGUCAUUACACAGCUUCUCCUCUUGUUAUUCGCUUGGGCGCUCUUCUGUGGAUGGUGCGGCACCAAAGAGGUGCUAGUGUAACGGGGAGCUGUUGAGAUGACCUGGACACAGCGGAUUGUCCAAAGCACUGGUUUUCACAGUAACUCGGCACUAGACCAAAAUACAGCAUGUGGACAUCCUGAAUGAAAGAACAAGGAGUUCGGCAAACUCGUUGGUUUUCUUAUACAACUUGCGUUAAUGUACGGACAUUUGUUCAUAAUAUUUGUUUGUUUCUGACGCUAUAGUUAUGGGUACCAAAGCAAUGCGUGGUCGCCAUCAUUGACUUCGGUUACCUUGUUCUCAGGCGCCUGGAGAGGCCCUACAUCGUAUGCAGUUCAGAAGAGGGAAGAUAAGCCAGCAUCUGAUCUAUAGAAAGGUUAACUUAAAAUCGUAAGUAUUGAUAAUCAGAAUGUUUGCUGUAUGGCACCGUUAAAUUAUGCACAAGUUCUAACAGUUAUACCCGAUGGUGGAUUUUGUUUCAACGACAAGUUUGUCCUUUUUUUAUGAAUGAUCUGGGUAAAGAAAUAAACACAUAAUCUGUCCGCAAAACUGAAUAUUUCGAAGGCCACAGGUUAGGCUUACGUUCAAUAUGUUAUACUUAAGUAAUGGAUAAUAUAAAAGUUUCUAAAAUUAUUUAAAGGUCCUUCAGCCCAAAUUGAGAUUUUCAUCCGAAUACUUGAUCGCUAUCAUUUGGUGGGUAUAUUUUUCAGUUACUAUUUAUAUUCAGACUGACGUGCUGUUUGUAAAUGUCCCUUUGUUUUGAUAUGUGUACCUGUGUUUUUGUGUUUUUUCUUGUUUUGGUAUUUACCAUAUAACAUGUAUAUCGGAUUAUUAUACCUGUCUGUCUCUAACUUUGCGUCGACUUAUACAAGGAACAUAUAUAUUAUAUAUCGUCGCUCCAAAGAAAGGUAUUAAAUGUCGCUUACUCACAGCCAUGGAGGAUCAAGAAUGAGAACACAUCCUUAACAACAACAACAACGCCGCCUUCUUCCACAGUGAUGAUCAUCGCAGGAGAAACUCACAUUUUUAGUUAUAUAUCUCGUUAUCAGUGUCAUCAUACGACGAAAAAGUAGACCCACUAUUAUUUUCGGAUAUUUAUAACAACUACGCUGUUCUCAGAUAGAUGGGAUGCUGUAGUUGAUGUAUGCGGCAUUGCAUAUUAAACCAAUCAUACUACACAAUUUACCAGUCUUCCCAACACCGAUCAAGUGCAGUGUUUCCUGUUAUGAUUGAACAGAGCUGUACUAAUUAAUUUUAGAUGUCGCUAAUUGUAUGUUCACAGGGACGGUUAGGCUAAACGUGUUCCUUAUGUUCCUCAUAUUUUCUGUCAUACAUUUUUGGUUUUCAUUGUUACAAACCAUGUAGCACAUAAACUCCUGUAGCGAUUACUGUUUUGAAAACGUCUGUGUCAUAGACGACUUCAGUAUUGAUAUAUUGAUAUGUACAUUCACUUCACAAGACGUCUACAAGUCGUCUCCUUCAUGAGCAGCCAGUGGACCUGGCUGAACUAUUAAGGCAGUGAUGUAGUUUUCAAAUCCUGCUUGUUUAUAAGGCAGAUUCAUUCUUACUUUUGAACUUAGAUUUCCAGGAAAAAAAAUCUUGUACCUAGGGACUUUUACAAACCCAUUGGGGCUGCUUGCGUACAGUAUUCAGUCAAUUGACAGGUCACACGUUACGUUUUUCCGAAGAAGCACAAACGUUUUAACAAAAUACUCGCCAAUUGUGUGUUAAUUCAAUGUCGUUUGUUGUUUGUUUAAUAAAUAUUUUCGAUACAACUCGAGACAAA